CACUUUAAAAACGAUGAUCGGCUGUAGCCCAAGAGGCCUUGUUACUUAUGUCAGUGAUAGCUAUGGUGGUAGCGCCAGUGACCGUCAAAUUAUUGAGAGGUCUGAGCUGUGUAGUAGUGGUAUGUUUGACACGGGUGACAGCAUCAUGUCAGAUAGAGGUAUUAUGGUUCAGGAUCUGUUUGCUAGUAAAUACGUGCAUGUAAACACGCCGUCAAUGCUCAAUGGAAAAUCCCAACUUAAUGCAGAAACAGUUGUUAGGGAUAGACGUAUCGCAUCUAAGAGGAUUCAUGUAGAGAGGGUCAUUGGUCUAAGCAAGACAUUUAAAAUAUUAAAAAGAGACCUGCCCCAUCAGAAGAUUUCUCUCGGUGGAAAAAUUGUUAAAGUGUGCUUCAUGAUUUCCAACUUUAGGCAAGCUAUUGUCAGCGGUAAUGCCUGCGUAAAUGGCUGGUUUUAGAAAUAAAGAUAUACAUAAUUUGUAUUGCAA